GAUCUUUGAUAGCUGUGUAUAAUACAAGGCAUAGCUAACGGAAUUGCAUGUGGCUUUAAUGUCUAAAUAUGAUUGUUUAAAAAGCCACUCCCUUUAAAAUAUAAUGGUUUAUGCGGUUGCUAUGCUUUCUUGUGUAGUUUCCUCAAGCUCGUAUCAACUCUAACGAAAAAAAAUCAUGGGACCGAUGCUCGCGCCUUGAAAAAUAUCCAAAUAUCGGUGGAUUCCAAAACGUUAUUUUCAAAACGUCUUAUCAACGGUUGUUAAAAUGUCUGGAAUACAGAGGGUGAACGGACAAUUCCAGUGUAUGAGUCCAGCUGUCUGCUGCUCCCGUCUGCGCCGUAUCCAGUCUCUGCUGUGGAAUGGAGAGUCUAGACCCGAUGCGAUCCUUUGCUCUCUGGGGAUUGACAGCAGGUAUAAUGAGGGCUGCAGUGAGCUGGCCAACUACCUGUUUUAUGGACUGUACAGGAAGAACCAGCUGAACCUGGAACACAUCCUUGAUGAUUUCCCAGAGGAGGUGCUGGAUGAUGUGAUUGUGCUGAUCAAGGCGGAGAGUGUCCAUCUGUACUGUAACCCGAUCAACUAUAGAUACCUGCUGCCCUACAUUGCCCAGUGGAGGAAUCUUACCAUCCACUGUCUGACCCAAACAGAGUAUGAAGAUGAGGAGGUGGCAGAGGAGUUUAAAAUCUCCAGCUUUGUGAACAUGGUUCAGGACUGCAGCAGUAUCGGAGUUCCAUACAGCUCCCAGGGCCACAUCCAGAAGUUUGACAUGUUUAUGAUGGAGAAGUGGCCCAUAAUUCAGGCCUUUGCUCUGGACGGCAUUGGUAGAGGAUGCUUCUUCACUAUGAAAUACAAGCUGAUGGAUAUCAGUGAACAGCUGUGGCAGAUUUAUACCAGACUGGACCCGGUCUCCUUGGACACCCUCCUCACUGAGGACCUGGUGUUGUUUGAGAAGCAGUGGAGCAGCUUCUUUUCCAGCUUUGACAUCGAGAGCCAUCUGUCCAUCCUGGAGCUGUCUGAGGCCCAGGCAGGGGAGGCGUUCCGGACUUAUUUCUCUCAUGGCUUGAUCUCAAGCAACAUUGCUGACAGCAGUAAAAGCCGGCAGCCUUUGGUGUUGUUUGGGAGCCACUCCUCCAUGGAGAACCUACAAAGCUACUCCUUCAACUUCCCUUCGGAUGGACACCAGGUCCGCAACACUGGCCCUCAGGGGGGCCCAGCCAAACACAUGGUUCUCCAGUGUGUGGCUCCUAAAGGAUUUCUAGCCUGUUCCAGGACCUACUUCUUUGGAACCACUCACAUCCCUUACCUUGGCAGUGACAAUAUGCAACAGGAGAAAACACAACUCUUACUCCUGUCUCAGAUUUAUGCUGCAGCCAUCCAGUCAGUGCUGGCAGGAAUCAAGUGUUACUCCAACACCUCCAGUGUUACUAAGGCGAAGGACGUAGCGGAGCAUACCUUCCAGCUGACUCUGGCCUCCUUCCACCUGGCCCAGUACAAGACUGCUCUCAGAUCUAAAAGUGUAUUCAACAUCCAAGCCGUGAAUAAUGAGGGCAGAAUUGUUCCUCUAAGUAAAGAUGAGAGCCGCUUCUUGGUGAAAACUGCAUCCAUGUCAGUGUAUGACAUCCCAGACCUUCUGUGGGGGGAAGGAGACCUGGGAUCUGUAGUCUUCUCUGAAUCCUUCCUGGAGUCCAGCAUCAACAUCCAACAGAAAGAUGGCAGUGUUUCUUCAAACAGCUGCUACACCAUCCUGACUACAGCCUUGCCUCGUUACGUGUGCUGGCUGGUGGAGUCUGAUGUCAAGCACUCUGAAAAGGCCCAGCUCCUGCUGAAGGAGGAGGUCAGUACCUGUCUGGGCAGCUCUCUGACUGUAACAUACGCUGCCCAUGUGUACUCUAACAGCCAGCUCUCCACUCCUGAGGAAGGCAAGAUGAGUUUCUUCUCGGCGGGCAUCCUGUUUCUUCAUCCUCAGUACGGCAGCAUCACUCUGCCCACCAGCCUCAUCAGCAAGAUCAAGUUCUACAGCCAAGACUCGAAUAACUUGGUGGCAGCUCUGUUUGUAGAGUAUGAAGCUGCUCUGCUGCCCCACCUGCCUUUCCCUCUACACAGUGACGACCGAUGUCUAGUCUUCAGCCUGCAGCCAGGCUCUGAGAGCCACAGAGCCUUCUACUCACAGGUGUUGCCAGUGUGGCAGGGCUCAGACUCUGGACUCUCUCUGCAACUGAUGGACAGAGAACAGUUGACCUGGGAUCAGAGGAACAUGCUCUCCAGACUGCAGCAGCUGCAUGACUGCCACGCCCCCCCAGUGGCCAAACGCAGAGGCAGCCUAAAGGCCUCAUACUCCCAGCUUCCUGAGCAGGACAUGUUCUUGCAGCACUUUGCUCUGAGCAGUGUUGGACAGGAGCCGAUCAGGAACGACCACCUGGGGGCGCUGUUCCCCACACCAGACAUAAGCAACCCUCUGGCAGGACCCACAGACAAGGUGGUUAUAACCAUCCUCUCUGGACUGCCAGGCAGCCACAGGGACAGGCUGGCUGACUUCCUGGUUCAGCUCAACAGAGAGGGAGGAAGGUGGGUGGUGUACCAGUCAGGUCCCGGCAGCCCUUUGUUCUCAGCCUCCCACCUGCAGCGCUACCUGUCCUGCUUCCUGGAGAAACAGAGAUCACCUGGAGGGAAGCCCCGCCUACUUCUGCUCACACCUGGAUGUACAGAUGUGUUAGAUGUUGUGCAGGCGGUUCUCUCUCAUCCAGACCAAGUAGUCCAGUCCUGUUUCACCAUUGGAGCGGUCACAGCCUGUGUUGACCCCCUCAGCUCAUACAUGGAACACAGAUUGGUCUUCCCUAAGCUGAUGGAGCAGUGCAGCCAGGGGAUAGUGAGUACUGUUGUCUUCACCGGACCCACAGCAGAACGGAACAACCCUGUCUUCCAAAACAUACAACAGCUGAUACGCUCAGCCAAUCCCAACGCUGCCUUUGUCCAUGCAGAGAGAGGAGCUGUUACCAGGAAUGAGGAUGUGACAAUGAUUUUGUCAGAGAACAGCUUCUCAGAGGCUCAGAUGCUGAGAGCCCGCUACCUGCUCUACCCAGGCUGGUGUCAAGGCAGGUUCUGCACUGGCUCUGGGUCCAUUUCUCUAACCCAGCAGAGUGUGGUGUUCAGCCGUCCCCUGGAGCGGGCUUUGUUCCUGACCCGCUGUAAAGCCGUCAAGUCAGCUUUGAGACCACACCCCUUCACAGAGAACAUCUACAAUAUCUGGGGCAGGGUCCUCUUCUCUGACUCUGAGAAGAUGAUGGAGGUCAGCUACAGCGCUGUGAGUGGCAACCUGACUGUCAGCCAGCAACAGGGUGACCCACCCCAGGGAGACCAGGAGGCAUCUGGGUGCUUCCUGCUGUUCCAUGGUGUGGCCCUGACCCAGGAGGCCAUGAAGGACUGGCUCAGACUGUGUAUUAAACAGAAGGAUGUGAAGAAGAACCACAUCAUGAGCCUCUCCCCUCAGGAGAUCAGGACCAUCCAUGUGAAGAGACAUCUGGACCCUCUGCCUCCAGGCUUCUUCUAUAAUGGACACCAGUAUGUCAGCUUCUUUGGAGAGAAGAAGAACUUCCAUCCACACAUGGAACAGUUCAUAGAGGAGUACGUUGAAGAGGGCAACAGACAGAUUGAUCUUUUCAAUCAUCAGCUGGAGCAACAAAACUACCAGGACCUGUUUGACCCAUAGAGAAUCUGAGGGUCAGGGUUUGGGACCAUCUGGGGGGGGGGGGGAUUUGGGAUCAGACGAGAUGUCCUCACCUGACCACCACCUUGACUACUGAGGUAGAAAUAACAAUAAAAAACCUAAUGCAUAAUAUCUUAUAUACACAGUUAUAAGACUGUGUGUGUGUGGAUAAAGUUGUCCCUAACUGAUCUGAAUUAUAGUGAUUAAACAGUCUGUUGUCUCCAGCUCAGCUUCCUUCAGUGUCAGUCAGUACCUAUAGGGGCUAGCUAGGUGUCCAAUGGGCCACUAUAAUUGGUUCUAUUUGUAGGCCAGCAGUUGGCAGGGCUCCUCUGGUUCCUAGUGGGUUCCCUUGUGGGUAUCCCAAGAAACACUCCUCUUGACUCCUGUCAUCUGAUCCAAAGCCCACCUGUUAGUUGAUGAGCAGCCAGGCUUGCUGAGGAGGUGGAGGCAGUACUGGAAUCAUUGAAUAGACCGCCUGCUGCUAUGAAUGACUGGCCUGAUUAAUGGAAAUACUAGCUCCACACUCCAGUAGUGACACUGAAGCAGUCUCUUCCACUACACACUGCAAAUCCUAGAGUGUCACUCCACUGUAGUCGGCAUCGUGGUUAGGUGUGGAUGUUCCUCAGUAAUGUCAAAGGUAAAGCGGUGUGACCUCAUUCUGACUCCUCCCUUUAGCAGUGAUAUGAUCCUAUAAUCAGGGCGUGGUUGGGUUCCGGUUUGGGAUGGGGAUCGUCUGAAAUGUAACAGUCUGGAGUGGGACAAGUUUGGGCCGGGUUGGGGGCGGGGGUUGGUUUGAGGGUUCGUGUUGGGACAAGGGUUGGGGUUAGACAUCUUCGUAGUGGUGUUGACCACAUGUGGUUCCUGGAGGCGGGACUUAAGCUGCUUCCACUUCAUCUCAUGGAUAUUUGGAGGUAGUUUACAUGUUCCCUCAGGACCAGGUUAAUGUGCUGUGUGAUCCUGGAGAUGGGACUGAGUACCCAGGGAUAUCCCCCCAGGUAUGUCAUGCUCAUACAACAUCCUACUCGUAGGGAAGGGUGUUGUGUGUGUGUGAGGGUAGCUGACAUGUUCCCCCAGGACUCUGUGUUGUGUGCAGUGUAAUCCUGGCCUGCCGUAGACGCUUCAAAUCCAGUAUUAGGAAUGCAAUACUAGUUACCACUGCUAGUGGCUCUCAUCUCAUUGGUGUCUCCACUUAACUGCCUUGAAGGCCAAAUCAGCAUGUUUUCUCCUCUCCUAUAACAGCCUUGAAGGUCUCAUUGGAACGGGGGCAGCAGUGUCAAUGUUGACCAGCUAACUGGGAAUGUGGUCCAAUACAGUCAGACGUUUAAAACCUGUGUCUGUUCCUACUCACUGUAGGCUGUCUGCUCCCACUUCUCUACUGGUUUUCAUAUUGGGCACAUGAAGUAAUAGUUUUAUACUGUAAUUAUCUGAAUGUUUAAUAAGAUUAGUUGCCAGGCGACAGGAGGACCUCUGCCUUCUGCAGACUGCCUCCCUUGAAAUGUUACACUACACAUGGUUCUCACAUGCUUGAGUGAUGCUCCAGUUUAGUGGGCAGUUUUUCACAGUAUUCCAUGUUGAGGUUGCAGUCGUCCCAAUCCUUCCAAGACCCCACAGAGACACUGCUGGCCCAGUCUGUCCUUAAAGCAGUAUAAACCUGUAUAUCUGUCUGACUGGCCUGUCUAUCCACUCACACAGUAUCUAUACCAAGACAAGCCAUAUACAGUCCCUCCCAUGCCUUAUAUUAGAUUGAGAAUACUAGUCCUCAGCAAGACGUGCUACUGUCUUAAUACUGUAGAUCAAUAGCCAGUCAGUAUUUCUCAUGUAUUACCACCCAGACAUGUUUCAGUCAGUCAGCUUAUUGAGGGGUCUUACCGGAGAGACACGUCCCUCCAACAAUCCUUCUCUUUCCUUAAAUUUAUCAAGUGCAAUUGUACUCUGUUAUAAUAUGUAUUCUAACUGCCUUUAAAAAGCUCUUUAAGGACAAGCUAAUGAAAUAAAGACAUUGUCAGUCUGAGUAUUGGCUGGCACAUAGAUACCAUAUAUCACUAGGUUGUCGUAAGCCUCAGUAGGGAAACCUAAGCUCCGUCUGUCAGCUUGUCUGUCUUCAAAUGAUUGCAGUCCUGCUGUUGUUUGUACUUCUGAAGUUAGACAAUACCACAGAGACCUUAGUUCAGACAGACACACACAAACACAGAGCUGACGCUGAUUGAUAGUCUACAGUGAGAUACAAAGAUGCCAUAGAGGCCUUCAGGAGCUAUGUUAGGCAACUGAACCACUGAUUGGUUUACAGUGGAGCGAAAAACAGGCACACUUAUUGGUCUACUCCACAGUGGAAUUAGAAACACACACUGAUAUGUCUACUCCACAGUGGAAUUAGAAACAGACACACUGAUUGGUCUACUCCACAUUGGAAUUAGAAACAGACACACUUAUCGGUCUACAGCUAGUAGUCCUUAAAGGGUUUUAGAGGGUUAUUCAUUUGAUAGAACGUUUGUGAUAUUAACAAUGCUUAGUAGCACAUAUGGUAACACUAUCUGCAUGUGUUAGGUUACAUUUUAUUAUAUAUGAUAUAUUCUGAUACUAUUGUCUUUCACCAAACUGGUACAACCAAGAGAAAAUAAUCACAUUUAUUUUAUAUAUCUGGUGAGAAUUGAAUUUACCUCAGACACCACACCAGAGUAUUUUUGUAAUGCUGUGAACUAUACGGUGAAAAUGCAAAAAAUUACGAAAUGUUUUUCUCGUACCAUUUAAUCAAGUAACAGAUUGAGUUUAGUAAUAUAGAAAUCAAAGCAGAGAAACUGAUUGGUUGUUUCUCUGGUCUAGCCGUGCCUUAGUCCGUUGAUGUACGGCUAAGAAAGAGCUGUUCAAGGCUCACCCACCUGUGAUUCUCCACUAGUACUGCUAUUGUACAUGAGGUGGGUAGAGCUGGGCAACCGUCCUCAAGCGCAAUUGGUGAAAGGAACCGUCCUCAAACGCUAUUGGUGUAAGGAACCGCCCUGAAAAAGCCUGGUACCAGUCUGUGCUGUCACUCUUUGUCACGACAUGAUAGUAAAAACAGCUGUUACCGGGCUACCUUUAACAGUGUUGGUGAAAGGAAUUAAUCCAUGUGAUAUUGUUCUUUGAACAAUGUGUUACUGAGCCAGAGGGGGCAGUAAGCCCAGGAGAGGCCACUUGAGGGCUCACAUUCAGCAAGGAAAUGCAUUUAACAAACCAAAAUAUAUUGGGAAUGGAAACCACAUACCAAUGUGACUCUGGUUAAAGGCCAAAGUCCAAAACAAAGAAAAUGGUAGUGAUUUUAAUAGAGUAGCUGACCCUUUCCAUUAAAGAUACUAGUCAGCUAAUGGUUUUCUAGUACCAGCUAGGAUACUGUUCAGAUUGUUUUGAAAGGCCACCUUAUUCCUCUUCUGAACAGAAGCCCUCCAGAGGACUUCUCUUGUACCUCAGGGCAUAACUGAUGGUUCUGUUUGAGCUGUUACUCAACCCUCUGGCUAUGCUGUCUUCAUUGUCUAUGUGAAGUCUAGCAGUUUGUAGCUGAAGUUAUAGGACAAAAACAAAGUUUUGGUGUUCACCAGUUUUAAAUCGGAGGAAUUGGAGCACAUUUGUUUAGUUUUGGUUUUGAAGAUUGGCUGCAAGGUUCCAAAGAACCAAUGUCUGAAUGCACUUUUGAUGAUAACUGAUAUUUUAAUUAUUUUGAUGUUUUGUAAUACAGAAAUGAUGUCACCUGUAGUCAACGUGAUUUUUCCUAGACCAAAUAUCUCUCAGGCCUCCGGUAUUCUCUAGUACCCAGACCUCAACUGUCUUGCCGGUCUCUCCUUUUGAUGUUAAAGGGAAACAACAGAUUCAUUGAGAGUAAUAACUCAGGUAUAGGAAGCGUAUAUGUCAGGUUACUACACCUGUAACAGUGGACUAUAUCCCAUAAUCUGGGUUGUUCCAUCCCUGAAUGCUGAUUGGCUGAAAGCUGUGGUAUAUCGGAUUGUAUCCAGGUAUGGCCAUAUACCACACCCCCUCAUGCCUUGUUGCUUACAUAACCAAGGCUGAGAGUUCAAUAUAGAUUAGGGGUCUGGAACCCUAAUCAGGCUAAUUUCCCGAUUGGUAUACUAUUCUAUGAGAAAACUACGUUUGUUUGUUGAUAUAUUCAGCAGACAUGUUGAGGCAUGAAUGUGGUCAAACUAGAUCAAAACAAAGGGCUUAUCUGUUCACCUCUAUACCCAUGUUAUAACAUUAACAUAGGCUCAUCUAUAAGGAUGAUCUCUAACUAUAUUAGUAUAAUUAAUAUAUUGAUUAAGCAAAUUAUUUUUUCUGGAAUCUGAUAUACUGAAAAAGGAAUUUGGUGAUGUGAAUUGGAAAAGUGCCAAAAUAUUGUAUUUUGAUCUUUUCUUUCUGCUGGUGAUGUUCACAGAAAGUAUGUGAAGUUAAUUGAAUCACAUUUGCACAAAACUACUGUAACUUUUGUUUUUUCCUGUGACUGAUGCUUUUAUAAUAUUAUUGUGGUAUUUAUUGCACCAAGUAACCCAUUAAAAUAUAUUUAUAUGGUU